AGCAAAGAAGAAAAGAAGGGAGAAUCUAAUUUUGAACCUUCAUCUAUGCCUCAGCCUCCUAAAGAUCUCAAAGGGAAAGAUAUUGAUAAUUAUAAAGAAGCCAGCAUUAGCAAAGAGAAGCUGAGAGAAACCAAACCCCCUCAAGUUCUGGUGUCAGGAGCUACGUAUACAGGUCAAUGGGUCGGAUCUCAGAGGGAUGGCCAAGGUACACAGGUAUGGAAAGAUGGCUCAAAAUACGAAGGAUCAUGGCUGGACGACAAAGCUAAUGGGUAUGGCAUCCUCUAUCAUUCAGAUGGAGACAUCUAUGAUAGAGAAUGGCUCAAUGAUAAAGCUCAUGGAAAUGGAAAAUACACUCAUACCAAUGGAGCUACUUAUGAAGGAGAAUGGGUUGAAGACAAGCAAGAAGGCUUCGGAUGUGAGACCUGGCCUGACGGAGCUAGAUACGAUGGAGAAUACAAGCAAGGAAAGAAACAAGGCAAUGGAGCACUCCUAUUUGCUGAUGGGUCUAAAUAUAAAGGAGAGUUUAAAGGAAAUGAGAUCAAUGGAAAUGGACAGUACUCUUGGAAAGAUGGUAAAUCCUAUGAAGGAUCAUGGUCAAACAAUAAAAUGCAAGGUAGAGGUAUGCUUAGAUUUUCAAAUGGAUCUAAGUACGAAGGUGACUUUGUUGAAGAUAAAAGAGAGGGCCAAGGAACAUUUGAAUGGCCUGAUGAGAGAAAGUAUAUUGGUCCAUGGAAAUCAGGCAAGCAACAUGGAGAGGGUACUUUCAUUUCAUCUAGCGGAGAAAGGAAAAAAGGAAUCUGGGAAAUGGGUAAAAGAGUCAGAUGGAUAUAAAAUAUGUCUUCUUCUAAAAUGUUUGUAUGCCAAAUGC